AUGAGAUUCAUCAACUUCCUGGCUAUUUUUGCCACCUAUUGCGAAUUCGCCGCCACAGCUUCUGCUCCACCAUGGGGCUCUCACACUCUCCAAGGCUGGUGGAACCCACAAUCGUCCAAUGGCCAGGCACCGGCAACAACAUUAAAGGGCUAUGAUUACAUCGUAGUGGGCACAGGGGCGGGCGGUGCACCUCUCGCAGCACGUCUUGGCCUAGCAGGAUUCCGCGUCCUAGUCAUCGAAGCUGGUGACGAUGAAGUUGCCAAGGGCGACUGGAACACUACAGUCCCUUACUUCAAUGCCAAAGCCAGCGAGGACGAGAAGCUCUCAUGGGCCUUUUAUGUCGACCACUACCAGGAUGCGACUAGAAAGGCGGCGGAUCCGAAGUACAAUUAUCAGCUCAGUAACGGAUCUUCGUAUACUGGUCUUCAUCCUCCCGAUGAUGCGAAGCCGCUUGGUCUGUUAUACCCGCGGACAGCGGCAUUGGGAGGAUGUGUGAAUCACAAUGCGCUGAUUAUGAUGUACCCUCUUGAUGACGACUGGACUCAAAUUGCGAACCUGACAGGCGACUCCUCAUGGAACGCUACAGGUAUGAGGAAGUACUUCGAGCGACUGGAGAAUUGCCAGUAUCUCUCGCCCGCAACACCAGGCCAUGGCUUCAGUGGCUGGCUUGCGACAAAUCGUGCCGAUCCGAGCAUAUUUCUGGAUAGUGACCAUAAAGUCUUCCCUAUGAUGCAAGCAGCCGCCAACCUGUCAGGGCAGACCAUCAAUACUCCCGCUGAGCUUACACAGUCGCUGCUACGCGAUCUGAACACCGGCUCGAUCGAGUAUGCUACCGAGCAAGGCGUAUAUAAUGCGCCUCUGAACAUGGACAACAACAAGCGAAGCUCACCACGGGACUUCCUGGUCAAUAGCGCCGGUGCAGUCAACGCAGGGAGCAAGGGUCGCAUCGACAUACGACUGAACUGCUUAGUAACUCGGGUGGUCUUCACACCUGGCACGAAACGAGCGAUCGGGGUGGAGUUUCUGGAUGGAAGCAGUCUUUACCGAGCGGAUCCUCGAGCUUCACCCACAGCAGAGACCGGCGCUUCAGGAGUCGCUUUCGCAUCGAAGGAAGUUAUUCUAGCCGGCGGAGCAUACAACACGCCGCAGAUUCUCAAGCUCAGUGGGAUCGGGCCAGCUGCAGAGCUUCAUAAGUUCGGUAUACCUGUCCUUCUCGAUGCUCCAGGCGUAGGUCAAAACUUGCAGGACCGCAUUGAGAAUAGUGUCAUCGCCAACGCCAGCGAGCCGUGGACGGUGUUCAAGGGUUGUACAAGUGGUGUGAAUGCUUCGGAUCCUUGUCUGGUGGCCUGGAAUACGGACAAGAGUAACAAGACCAAGUACGCAACAAACGGCCGACCGGCUCAUAUCCCGCUCAGAUCUAGUGGUGCACCAAAUGGGAAUAACGAUCUUAUUGUGACCGGUAGGCCAGGGUAUUUUGGAGGCUACUUUCAUGGUUACUCGACCAUAGGGAGCAAGUUCCCCAGUUCGUGGACUUGGCCUGUCCUCAAAGCACAUACGACGAACCGCGCAGGCACUGUGACCCUCCGCUCCGCUGAUCCGCGCGAUGUCCCAUCCAUUCAAUUCAAUUACUUCGAUGCCGGCAGCGGCAACUCCUCCUACGACCUAAACGCCGUAGUCGAAGGCAUAAAGUUUGCCCGCUCCAUCUUUGCCAAAUUCAGCUCGCUCACGAAUACCACCACCGGCGAGAUUGUCCCUGGCGCAGCUUACAAAACCGACGACGAUCUGCGGCGGUGGGUCCUCAAUACCUCCUGGGGCCACCAUGCAAGCUGUAGCUGUCCUAUCGGUGCUGAUGGAGACCCUAUGGCUGUUUUGGAUGGACAAUUCAGGGUGAGAGGGACGCAGGGGUUGAGGGUGGUGGAUGCGAGUGUGUUUCCUGUAAUUCCGGGAUUUUACAUCCAGAGUAGUAUUUAUGUUGUUAGUGAGAAGGCUGCGGAUGUUAUCGUGGCGGAUAGCGGGAAUGUCAGAUCGUGGUCGGCGCCGAGAGGAGGAUGGAAGUGA